AAUGGUUUUUUCGACAGUAAAGUGCUGUCGCGAUCGCACGCGGAAGUCUGGGCAGAUGCGCGCGGAAGAGUCUGCAUCAAGGAUGUACGCUCCUCCAAUGGUACUUUUGUCAACGGCAUGCGCCUGUCCAAAGAGAACGAGGAGAGCGAAGUACGGGAACUCUAUCCAGGUGAUACGCUCGAGCUCGGUAUUGAUAUCCUCAACGACGAAACUGGCACGAUUGUGCAUCGCAAAGUAUCUGCGCGCGUUGAUUAUGCUGGUGCUCCGCAAGAUUCA